AUGGCAUUGCUCACUGGCGACUUGAUCCGGCUCGUCGAGACGCCCAAGGAGCGGGCCGUGGCCGCGGUCUCCUCGCUCGGCGGCGUGGCCGGCGUGGCCAAGGCCCUGGGCGUCGACCUCGGCAACGGCCUCGAUGGCGGCGACACGGCCGACCUCGCGACGCGCGAGGCCAAGUUUGGCAAGAACUUCAUCGAGCCCGAGGAGCCCAACACGCUCUUCGAGCUCAUGUGGAACGCGUUCCAGGACUUGACGAUCAUUGUGCUGACGGUCUCGGGCUUGAUCUCGAUCGUGCUGGGCCUUACGGUCGAGAAGCCCAAGGAGGGCGAGCCCAACACGGCGUGGAUCGAAGGCGCGUCCAUCAUGCUUGCGGUGCUCAUCGUCACCACGGUCACGGCCGUCAACGACUACCAAAAGGAGAAGCAGUUCCGCGCUUUGAACGCGGUCAAGGAAGACGAGAAGAUCAAGGUCAUCCGCAACGGCGUGCCGGCCGAGGUCAGCAAGUUUAGCUUGGUGGUUGGUGACAUUGUCCGCGUCGACCUCGGUGACAUCAUCCCGGCCGACGGUCUCGUCUUUGACGAGAGCGACCUCAAGCUCGACGAGAGUGCGAUGACGGGCGAGUCGCUCCUCCUCCGAAAGAGCCCGACGGAAGCUCCGUUUCUGCUCUCGGGCACCAAGGUCAUGGAAGGCGUCGGCAAGAUGCUCGUGCUCUGUGUUGGCGAGUCCUCUCAGGCCGGUAUCAUCUCCAAGCUCAUCAUGGGCAAGUCCACCUCGUCGGGCGCCAAGCCCCCGAGUCCGUCAGGCCCCCCCACGGAGAAGACGCCGCUCAUUGGUGAGAAAUCGACCCCCAGCGAGCCCGCGCACCAUGAUGAAGAUGUGGUAGUCUCGCCGCUGCAAGGGAAGUUGGACCAGCUGACCAUGCUCAUCGGGAAGCUCGGUCUUGCGACCGCCCUCAUUGUCUUCUUUGCGCUUGUCAUCCGCUUCUCGAUCGAAACCUUUGCGGGGCCCGACGGCAAGCCGUGGAGCAACGACUACCUCUCGGACUACCUCGGCUUCUUCAUCAUCGGUAUCACGCCGCUCAUCUCCAAGAAGAUGACCAAGCACAUUGUCGGCCAGAGCUUCUUCCAGCUCAUCGUGCUUUUGACGAUGACAUUCUAUGGCGACAUCAUCCUCGGUGUGCCGUCGGGGUACAAGACGGGCCCGUCGAUCCACUACACGAUGGUCUUCAACACGUUUGUGUUCCUCCAGCUCUUCAACGAAGUCAACGCGCGCCGCAUCCACGACGAGCUCAACGUCUUCGAAGGCUUCUUCUCCAACAAGCUCUAUAUCGGCAUCUCGGUGCUCCAGGCCGCGCUCCAAGUCGUCAUUGUGCAGUUUGGUGGCCUCCCGUUCAAGUGCAAGCCGCUCUCGUCGACGCAGUGGCUCAUCUGCCUUGGCAUUGGUGCGGCGUCGCUCCCGAUCGGCCUUGUCCUGCGCUUGAUCGAGACCAAGGACAUGCCCAAGGGCAUGGGUCUCCUCCGCGACGCCGAGCCGACGGAAGGUUCGACCGAGCGCGGAAAGGAGCUUUGGAGCCGCGGCGUCAUGCGCGUCCGGACGCAGAUCCGGGUCGUCAAGGCGUUCAAGCGCUCCAUGGGCCGGCGCCAGCUCGCACUCAACAACUAGACGAUGGGGUAUUUUGAGCGAAAUCCAAUGUGUUGCUUGGCGUCCGUCGUUUAGCACGAGGUUUAUUACGAACGGCUGUAGCAUACUGAGCGCUGCGUUUUGUACGGAAUGGGUAAA